GGAAGAGGGAGAGGGAGAGGAGCAGCAGCAGCAAGGACAGUUGUAUCUGAUGAAAUCAGAGCAACUGUCAUCGACCAUGCAAUCAAUCAUGGUCUGUCCAUGAGGGAAGCUGGUCUGAGGGUUCAGCCGAACUUGCCAAGAUCAACGGUGGCAUCAAUCGUGAGGGUUUUCACACAAACUAACAGGACCCAACGGUUGCCCCACUCAGGUGGAAGGGGAAGAAAAUUCACUUUGCCACAAGAAAAUGCAAUAGUGCAAAUGGUUAUUGCUAACAAUAGUAUAAGGCUAAUUUGUGCAAACAUCAUCGCACACAUUGGUGUAUUUGCCAACAUUGAGAAUGUUGGCACCACGACCAUCGCCAGAGUGCUGAAAAAGCACCAAAUUCGAAUGAAGCAGCUUUACACUGUCCCCUUCGAGAGGAACUCUGAGCGGAUAAAGGAACUCCGGUACCAAUACGUCCAGAGAGCCAUGGAACUUGAAGCCAGUGAGAAUGAACAUGCGUUCAUCUUUGUGAAUGAGGCUGGCUUCAACCUGGCAAAAACACGUCGCCGUGGAAGGAACCUGAUUGGGAAAAGGGCCACGAUAGAUGUUCCAGGCCAGAGGGGUGCGAACAUCACCAUGUGCACAGCAAUUUCGAACGAUGGACGGCAGCUGCAGAAGGCCGGCAUAGGCCCAUACAACACCGAACGCCUAAUUGCCUUCAUAGAUGAGCUUUACGAAAGGCUCACAGCAGGAGAGGUAGACAGGCAGAAUCUACCAACGUAUGUAAUUGUAUGGGACAAUGUGGCCUUUCACCACUCCCGGCAAGUCACAGGGUGGUUUGCGGCGCAUCCUAGGAUGAUGUCACUUUUCCUUCCGCCUUACUCUCCUUUCCUCAACCCCAUCGAGGAAUUCUUUUCAGCGUGGAGAUGGAAGGUCUAUGACCACCGCCCUCAGGACCAGAUGUCCCUAUUAGAGGCAAUGGCUGCUGGGUGUAUGGACAUAGCCCCAGAAGAUAUCCAGGCCUGGAUAAGGCAUUCCAAAAGAUUUUAUCCACGUUGUAUGGCAAGAGAAACCAUACGUUGCGACAUAGAUGAAAAUUUGUGGCCAAAUGCGGAGGAUAGGAGGGAUUAGCCCAAUUCUGCGCCACUGUUGGGCUACUGUAAUGUAGAGUAUGUGCAGGUUUUGUGCAUUGCAUUUUUUGUUAGAACACAUUUUUUGACUUUGUAAUGUAUUUUCUGUUUUGUGUAACACUUGCACUGUGACAAAAUCUCCAAAAAGUAAAGCACAGUGAAAAAAACUGUUGUGUUUGUGAUUUGUUUCUGGAUAAUAUAUUACGUACUUACUGUAUGUAAUUUGCAUUACAAAAACUGAAAAUUGUUAUUCUCAGUUUCUCAUAAAACACUUACAGUAUUUACUGUAUUUACAAUUACAGUACAUUUACCACACUCAAUUGUGACAUCUUUUGUGGGAGGUAAACAGACAUAUGAACACUGUCAGCAGAUACUUGGCUUGGAUUGUCAUACUGUAAUAUUACAAACUUUAUUACUGUAGUCCAAAGAAGUGUUUGUCUGUGUUUUUUCUCUUUUUUUCAAUGCAACACUACAGGAAAUCUAUGCCAAACUGGAGGACACAGCAACAUUUUAUAUAUGCAAUUGGCAAUGCUUCAAGAUGUUAGUGUUUUUUAGGUCAUAGUGUUCUGAGAGGAAACAUGUGUUAAGUUAUGGCAGCAUUGUUUGUGGUGUGGUUGUUGUAGUGCAUUUUGCACCAAAGGUUAACAGAUAUGCAGAGGUGUGUGUCUCUAAAGCCCACUGUGUUAAGUGAUAGGGAAAAGUGACCAUAGUAUGGGUACAUGACCGAAAACGAUAGGAAAAAACUGUAACAUAGCACUGUGGCCAGUGUGGUCCUUCUUCACUCCACUCAUCCUCUUCACACAGUUCAUGGGUGUGGUCAUGCUCAUCUCUUUGCUUGGAUGAAUGUGAAAGCUGAGGAUUGACACCAAUGCUGACCAGAGUUGUGUUUUAUACUUUUUCUUCCGUGCUCAAAUAUAUUUUAUGUUGCCAUAUCCCCCAUAUCUACACUCCCAGUUUACUGAACCUCUCACUCUCUCUUGAUAAUAAAACACUUGUGGCAACACAGGAAACACACACGUAGGGAGUAUUUUAUCAACUGGGCUUUUUCACAGCAAACAUCUUGACUUCUGACAGUAGCGAAAGCACAGGUCUUGGUCAAUGGCUGUAACACUGACAGUACAUGAUACUAAAAACAGCUAAAUGGAAUUCAACCAUAAAUUAUUUUACUACACACAACUGUUAUUUCCUAACACACGUCUUCUGUGAUGUUUGCCUGUUAUGCCGAUGUGUAUAAAAGUCUGGUGUGUAAGCAUUGAAGAAAAUCUGUUGGACCAUUUAUAGCUGUGGAAAAGUCAAAAAUAUAAAACAGUUUGUGGUGAGGUUAAUCAUUUCUGCUUAUCUCCUGUUAAAAUGUUUAUUUUGAAUAAAGUUAUGUGACUAAUUUCAA